AUGGACUGGCUGGAUCUCCUUGCUGUCCAAGGGACUCUCAAGAGUCUUCUCCAAUACCAUAGUUCAAAAGCAUCAGUUCUUUGGCGCUCAGCUUUCUUUACAAUCCAACUCUCACAUCCAUACAUGACUACUGGAGAAACCAUAGCUUUGACUAGACAAAACUUUGUUGGCAAAGUAAUGUCUCUGCUUUUUAAUAUGCUGUCUAGGUUUGGUCACAACUUUUCUUCCAAGGAGCAAGCGUCUUUUAAUUUCAUGGCUGCAGUCACCAUCUGCAGUGAUUUUGGAGCCCCAAAAAUGACGUCUGCCACUGUUUCCCCAUCUAUUUGCCAUAAACUGAUGGGACCGAAUGCCAUGAUCUUAGUUUUCUAA